UUUCUAAAGCUCUCUAAAGACUGGUCAAGGUGGAUCACCAGAGAUAUGGGAAGAGGGCCCUUCCGGCCGAAGAAUCGGAGGACAACCCAGAAGAAUACGAACAAGAUGAGGAACCGGACAUAUUCCCAGUUUACUCACCUAGAUCGCAACAGGAUAUGUCUGCCAUCGUAUCUGCUCUUUCUCAGGUCAUCGGUACCACUACCACCACUGGUGGCGGUGGCAGUGAUAUCUCCUUCACCCCAAACCAAGCACAACAUGUUCAAGAACCAGGGAACCAAAGGAGGAGACACUAUAGAGGAGUGAGGCAAAGACCUUGGGGCAAGUGGGCUGCUGAAAUACGCGAUCCACAAAAGGCGGCAAGAGUGUGGUUAGGAACAUUUGAGACAGCUGAAGCAGCAGCACUUGCAUACGAUGAGGCAGCUCUUCGGUUUAAAGGAACAAAAGCAAAGCUCAAUUUCCCCGAAAGAGUUCAAGGGAGGACGGAAUUAGGUUAUUUCAUCACUCGUCCACAAUUACAAAUGCCACCUACUUUUCUACCAAAUUCUCAUCAGUCACCUCCUCUUCGACCUCCAUCACAGAGCACAUAUCCAAAUCUCCUUGAUUACACACAGUUUCUUCAAGGUGCUAAUGAGCGCAGGAUGUCAACAACGGAUAUGAAUGAUUUGAAUUGUACUAGUUCAUCUUCAACGGAUAUGGGAAGUUCAUCAAGUGUAAGCCCUUCACAAUAUUGGCAAGAUUAUGAUCCAACAAAUCAAUCAAGAGAUCAGUAG